UCCUGAUGGUUUUUUAAAAAAGUCCACCAAUAAUGAAAAUCUGAAUGUUUUACAGUAGGUCCCGUAGUCUUUCUUGCGAAUACUCCAAUUAACUGAUAGAAAACGUGCUUUUUAUAAAACGAAUCUUAUUAUAACUUUUUUCAAAAAUUGUUCAAAAUAUUAAACGUGCUGUAAAACACUUUUCACGUGCUUUUACUUGUUCGACAGAAAAAAGGAUUGUCAAAACAAAUACAAUCUUAUUUGCCAGAACAAUGUCAAAUGAGUUGCCAAUCACGAGACAUGCUCUGGGCGAGCAGAUUGAAUUGGGCACUCUGUUUGAUGCCCGUCGAGGCCAAUUUUUCCGCAGUUGGAGUCUUUGGAACUGGGAAGACAUUGAACGUCAGCAAAAGAUCACAGAUGCCCAAGACAUUAAAAUGACCGUUUCGACCACUUCAAAAGAGCUGCGCAACAACAGUGAAAUGGACGCCGAUGGAGCCUUAGAUGUUGCCUUGGGAUUUGUCAAGCUAAGUGGUUCCGCAAAUUAUCUGGAUUCAGGUACAAACACGACUAAAGAGGCUCGGAUUGAUGUAACAUGCAUCAAGAAGAACAGAGUUCGAAGCAUUCCAAUGGAAAAAAUGAUUAAAACUCCUCACCAAAAUCUGGUUUUGAAAAAUCAAGAUGUCACUCAUUUUGUUUGCGAAGUUUACGAGGGAGCAACUGCGAAUAUUUCCUUCAGGAUGAAAUGUUCAAACGUCGAUGAGAUUAAUAAAAUCAGUGGCAAAAUUUCGGAAGAACGGAAAAAAAUGAUCGGCGGGAGGAUAAGCGCUUUUGGAGACUAUCUAAAAGAAACUGGGAAGCAAAUUGACGAGUAUACGGUCAAAGUUGACGGAGUAGUUGAUGUACCUGUUUCCAGUUUUGAGGAUGUAGCAGCUGCAUCCAGAACUUUGCCGGGGAGUCUAAAACAUUACAAUAACACUUUGACAGUUCAACUUCUUCCCAUUUCUAUGAUCAACUCCGAUGAAAAUAGAAUUGUUCGUUCUCUUGAUGACAAGACGCUUCAGAGGCUAAUGAGUGUUUUGGAAAAAUCUUCAAAAUCUUUGUCAUCACUUGAGGAGCUUCAAAACUUGGGAUGCAUCCAGCGAAUACUGGCAUGCAAGAAGCAGUGUGAAAACUUCAAAAAUCAGUAUGAAAAGAAUUUUGAGGAGUUCAGGACAAAACUACGCGACGUUUUACCAAAACUGAGGAGCGGAACUACAACUGACAGGGCAAAGUUUAUGGCCGAAAUCGAUAAAGCAACGAGUGUAAUGGUGAAACAAAGUCAUGUAGCCGAAAAGUUCACUUCGACUAAAACAAAAGAAAACCUAUUUCUCGAGCAAAUUUUCAAAAUAAUGGAGUCAAAAGGACUUGUGAAUCUCAUGACUGACGAUGGAAACGAUGCAUUUAACAGAUUUUUGCUGGACAUUUCGUGUGAAGAAAUGUUGCAGAAAAAUCAUGCCUUGCAAUCAAAACUCAAAAUUAUUUCAGUUGAAAACCCUGAAAAAAGCGAGAGUGAAACCGAAAGUGACGAAGAGCAGGAGAACUGGUUUGAAAAAGACGAGAAUCUACAGUCGCUGCAAGAGUCAAUUUCCGCAAUUUUCCAGCUCAAAAUCGACUUUCACCAAACAGACUUCAGAUUCGGGUUUGGUGUGACGAGAAAAAAGAAAAAUAAUAAAACUCCAGGACAAAUUUAUUUCACAGGGGAGUUUGGGAAGUCAGUGGCCCUCGAAAGUCUUCCCAAACUACCAAUUUUUAGAGUCUUAGGCUCAGAAAAUACUGUCAAAGUUGUUUGGGAUAAAGUGUCAGACGAAAACGUAAACGGAUUUGAAAUCCAAUGGCAACCAAAGUUGCAAGAAAGCUCAGAGGAAGUACAGGAUUCUUCACAAACUGGAACUGCUGCUCAAUGGGAUAUGGCUAGCGCUGACAGCUUUCAGAACGACUUCGAAAUAUCAUCGCACCUUAGGCAGCCCCUGAAAAAAGACCAAAAUUAUGAAGUACAGAUAGUGGUCAAAUGCGACAAACUGGGCUCUAUUUUGUGCAAGCCAUUUAAAGUGAAAACUGGAGCAGUUAGAGCAAAAGCAGAAGAUAGAUUCAGACAGUUUAGUGUCUCAGAACCUUCUGCAGCGGCGAAGCUCAUCGAUUAUUUCAUAAAUAAGGAAGUGCAUUUAAGCAGCGAAUUUGGUACCUAUCUUUCCGGCUUUUUCCGAAAUUAUUGGAGCGUUAAAGGUUGCUGUUUAUAUCUUGGAUUAGAACAAGAUAAAAAUAACAAAAACAUUAUGGAUGUAGCUUCAGGUUUCCAACGAGGCUUACAGCCUUUUCCAAUUACUCAUUUUAAUUCAAGUGUUCUGAUAUUUGCAGGCGAUUGUAAACAAGUUGAUGCUACUAUUGAUGCAUACGUUUCGUUUCUAUUGGGCGCCACCGUGAGUGAUCCCUACCGCAUUCGAAUUAAACCUCUCGGUCUUAAAGAUAUUGUUCGACUGAGACCUCACUCUAAGAUUUUCCAGGGUAAAACAUUGUAUUUAUGUAAAAAGGGAGUGCUACGUGAAAUUUUUUUUUCGAGCUACAAAAUCAACGCCAUUAUAUUUUGUUUUGGUGACAAUUCAAAACUUGAAGAAGAUAACAAAAGUCCUUCAUAUAAAUCUAUUCGAGAUGCGUGCAAACAAAGUAAAUUAACGAACACAGUGGUUAUGAGCCACAAAAACAUCGCAACCAAAAACGAUGCUCUACGCGACUUGGUGAAAAAACAUUUGGAAUUGGCGGAUAAAUCCAUUCUCGACACAACAGACUUCGAAUAUUGGAUGGGCAGUACAACAAUAGAUUGUAAUUCGAAGGUGGAAGUCGAUCAAUGGGACGCAAACAUGGUUUGUCAACGGAAACUACAUCAAAUGCUAAUCAACGCGCCGCCAAUCAAUGCCAAAGAUUUUCAAGAUAAAAUAAAGUAGUUUCAGCAUUACAAAUAACUGUCAGUGUUAGUUAUGGAUCAUGAUUGCUUAGUUGGUA